GAGAUGGAAUGAAAAAAAUAAAUUAAAUUAAAAGAUUAGAUUUGGAGCUUGCUAUUAUGGUAAAGGAAUCUUUGGAGUUUGGAGCUUGCUAUUAAUGGGGUCGAGACUACUGAGGGCCAGAACGUGAUUCAAUUCGGCUUUUUCGCGGCCCCAGUGACAAACGCACCCUUUUACUCUCCCUCUUCGACGAGAUCUUGAGAGAGCUGGACCCUUCUACACGGUAUGGCCAGUAAAAGAAAAGGCGCGCGCACGCACGCACUUCUCAGUAUUCCUGUAAGACAAAAGAAUAAGAAUGAACCGAUGUGAAGGGAGCUCGGCCCUACGCACAAUCCCUUCAGCAUUAUAAAUAACUUUUUGCCUGUGUCGAGCGUUAUUUGAUUUGGUAGCUCUUUCACAAAUGGCCAAGAUGAUUGUUCGGUCAAUGGCUUCGAAGCGGUCGAUAUCAACAUUGUCUAAUCUCCGUGAUAGGAUUAAGCAAACAGAGAAGGAGAUUGUCCAAAUGUUUUGUUUACAUAGUCCAAAAGAUGAAAUGCAAAACUUGCCCAUGAAGGGAAAACUAUCGAGGAAGGACCCCUCAGUCCGAACAUUGGAUGAGAGAUUUAUAAGGAUUUUGAAAAUAUUCAAGUGGGGACCUGAUGCUGAAAAGGCAUUGGAAGUGCUAAAGUUGAAAUUGGAUCAUCGAUUGGUGCGUGAGGUUUUGAAGAUAGAUGUCGAGGUCAGUGUUAAGAUUCAGUUUUUCAAGUGGGCUGCUAAGAGGAGGAACUUUGAACAUGACUCGGCAACAUACAUGGCCUUAGUCAAUUGCUUGGAUGAAGCUGGAUUAGUUGGUGAAAUGUGGAAGACGAUUCAGGAGAUGCUUAGGAGUACAAGUACCAUUGGUCAAGCUGAAUUAUCUGAAAUUGUGAAAAUCUUGGGUAAGGCUAAGAUGGUCAACAGGGCGCUAUCCGUCUUUUACCAGAUUAAAGGCCGCAAGUGCAAGCCCACAGCAAACACUUACAAUUCCAUGAUCUUGAUGCUGAUGCAUGAAGGACAUUACGAAAAAGUUCAUGAGCUUUAUAAUGAGAUGUGUAAUGAGGUUAACUGUUUCCCGGAUACUGUGACGUAUACCGCACUCAUAUCAGCAUUUGGGAAACUGGGUCGCGAGGAUUCUUCCAUUAGGUUGUUUGAUGAGAUGAAGGAGAAUGGCUUACAGCCAAGUGCAAAGAUUUAUACAACAUUAUUGGGAAUUUAUUUCAAGCUGGGUAGGGUAGACAGAGCUUUGAGUCUAAUCCAGGAAAUGAAAGAGAAGACGUGUGCCCUAACUGUCUUUACUUACACAGAAUUGAUAAAAGGGCUUGGUAAAACCGGGAGGAUUGAAGAGGCCUACAGUAUAUACAUCGAUAUGCUCAGAGAGGGGUGCAAGCCUGAUGUUGUGCUUAUAAACAAUCUGAUAAAUAUUUUGGGAAGAGCUGGCCGUGUGCAAGAUGCUUUUAAGAUUUUUAAUGAAAUGGAGUCAUUGCAGUGCAAACCUAAUGUUGUGACCUAUAACACUGUUUUAAAAGCUUUAUUUGAAUCCAAAGCUCCAGCUUCUGAGGCUUCUUCAUGGGUUGAGAAGAUGAAGGCAAAAGGUGUUGCUCCUAGCUCGUUUACCUAUUCAAUCCUUAUUGACGGUUUUUGCAAAACAAAUAGAGUUGAGAAAGCUUUACUGCUUCUUGAAGAGAUGGACGAAAAGGGUUUUCCUCCUUGCCCAGCUGCCUAUUGCAGCCUGAUAAAUAGUCUUGGAAAAGCAAAACGGUAUGAAGCUGCAAAUGAGCUGUUUCAAGAAUUGAAAGAGAACUGUGGAUUUUCAAGUGCUCGAGUGUAUGCCGUAAUGAUCAAACAUUUUGGAAAAUGUGGGCGUCUCACUGAAGCCAUAGAUCUUUUUUAUGAGAUGAAGAAACUUGGAUGCAAUCCUGAUGUUUAUUCUUAUAAUGCACUCAUGUCGGGGAUGGUAAGGGCUGGCAUGAUAGAUGAAGCUCACUCCUUACUUAGAACCAUGGUAGAAAAUGGUUGCAUUCCAGACAUAAACUCGCAUAAUAUCAUUCUAAAUGGCUUGGCUAGAACUGGUGGCCCAAAGCGGGCUAUGGAGAUGUUCACACAAAUGAAGCAUUCAAAUAUUAAGCCAGAUGCAGUUUCUUACAACACUCUUCUCGGCUGUCUCAGCCGGUCUGGUAUGUUCGAGGAAGCUGCUAAGCUGAUGAAAGAAAUGAAUUCAAAAGGUUUUGAGUAUGACCUCAUCACCUACUCGUCAAUACUUGAGGCAGUUGGUAAGGUCGAUGAAGUUUGUACUUUGUAGUCAUGUCACUUUGUGAAAGAGCUCGGCAUGGCAUAUAUGUUCCUUUCAUAUUUGUUUCCGUUGGGGUAAUACUUUAACUUUUUCUAUUUACCACCCUCACCCC